ACCUGCAACCGAAAUCGUGUGGUUCAAACUACGAACCAAAAAACACACAAGUAUCUUCUUCAUCAUCUUCAUUGUUUCUUCUCAUUUACCUCCCAAGCUCAUCUCUCUCACAUGUCUUCUCUCUUCCCUGUCUCUCUCAAUCCUCCUCUCACCUUCAAUCGUCACCCUAAAACCAACACUCCUCUUCUACUUUCACUCUCCACAAUCUCCAAGUUCCAAAUCUACGCCACUUCAUCAAACUCCGACCGCGAGGAAAUCAGAUGGAUUCGCGAAGAACAGCGCUGGCUACGUGAAGAACAACGCUGGCUCAGGGAAGAACAGCGCUGGAUCCGCGAGCGUGAAUCGCUGCUCCGCCAGAUUUCCGAGCUUAAACUUCACGUGAAAGCUCUAGAGACUCGUAACUUCAGUGACGGAGUUUCGGUUUCAGAUGCGAUAUCUAAUAUCGCCGGUUUAUUACAGGUGUUGAAGGAGAAGAAUUUGAUUGCGGAGAAAGUGACAGUAGUGGAUGAGGAGAAGAACGAAAAAGAGGAACAAAAAGAGGUUAUUGAAGAGGAACAGAAAGAAGUUAUUGGGGUUUUGAAAGUAGAAGGGAAGAAAUGGAGGACAUUGAGGAGCGGCAGGGAAGGAGAUGACGUUAAAGCGAUGCAGGAAGCAUUGCUAAAAUUGGGAUUUUACUCGGGUGAGGAGGAGAUGGAGUUUUCCAGUUUCUCUACUGGAACGGAACGUGCUGUAAAGACUUGGCAAGCAUCAAUGGGUACCCCUGAAGAUGGAAUAAUGACUGCAGAACUCCUUGAAAUGUUAUUUUCAGAGCAACAAAGUAAAGAUGCUGGCACAAAUAAGAAUGUAGAAGAGGGAGGAGUCAGUCUGACUUUUCCAGAGAAGGGGGGUGAGAAUGGAGCUACAGUUUCUUCUGUGACUGAAAUCUUGGAACUUCAACAAGCAGUUGUGGACGAAAAUGGUGUUGCAGAAGUUGAGGUAUCUCAACAUCGAGUUUUCCUUCUUGGAGAAAAUCGGUGGGAAGAGCCAUCUCGACUGACUGGCAGGAACCAACAAGCUUCUAAAAACAAACCCAACGAUGCCAAAACCAAGUGCCUUGCUUGUCGUGGGGAGGGCCGCUUAAUGUGCACAGCUGCAGUGGCAUGGAACCCAAAUUGGCAUUGAUUUUGAUCCACAGAAACAGCUCUAGUGACGGCAAGAAGAGAGAAUAAAUAGGCUAAACAAGUGAAGAUCACUGCCACUAGAAGCACUUUGGGAAAUAUUUUUUGAGGUUUAUCUACUUCUCCAAUUAAAGUACUGACAAUAUCCAAAAAAUUCAAGUUCCAAAAGAGGGUUGAAGAACAAGUUCCAAUCUUUUUUAACCCCCUUUUGGCCUAAAUUCAGCUAUCUGUGUGGCUGAAUUUUUGGGAUGAAAAUGAGAGACAUUUAUACGAAAGGAGAAAGAGAAACAAUCCCUGGUAAAAUAGCAGCAAAACUGACAACUGCUAAGCCUGUGUAGUUGAGAAAAGAAAGCGCACAUGUUGACACCAUAAUUGUGAGAUUUCUAGGCCAACCCAAUUCUAGGAGGGGGGAAGCUUUCUGCAGGUAGUUUAUGCAACCUUCGCUUGGAAAGACUGUGAUGAGAGCUUUGUGAUGGUCAUCGCCUGGAAAGGCAGCCAAGGAAGUUGAAGACAAGGCGACUGUUGCUAGGGAAAAAUUCAUGUGGCUGCCAUUGCCUGGAAAGGCAGCCAAGGAAGUCAAAGACAAGGCAAUUGUUGCUGGGGAAAAAUUCAUGACGGAGAAGAAUGAGAGGGGAAAUGAGAACAAGAGAAA